AUUAGUCUCACUACUGGUGUGUCGUGGCCGUGGCAGCGUCAUUAUUUGACUCAGAAACGGUUCGUUUAAGAUGGGUAGGUUACGUUGCAUUUAACCGCUAUUAUCCCAGGCGGAAUAGAACAUUAAUAGCUCAUUUGACGCAAGUUUUUAUUGUUUUGGAUACAAACUGUUAUAACAAGGACUUUGAAGAUAAAAUGAGUCAUUCGCUCUUAAACCGUUGACGUGGUUUAAUCUAGGAAACAGUCAUCUUCGAUUAACGUUUGCCAACUAUAGCGGUAUGAGAAACACGGAAGAGAUCAGAAAUAGAGCUUUACGCAACAGACCAACUAAAGAACACACAAAGGAAGUCCUCGAAAUUAUUCGAAAGCGAGCGGAAGAAGAUGUUGACUCAAACGUUCUCUUUGAUGAAGGCUUGCUGAGAAGAGCUUCGGUAACCCGACCGAACGAACCCUUGCCAUCGAUUCGAGUCGAUCCAGGCACUGCGAAGAGACGAAGUUGUCCCGCUGACUUGAACAACGAAGAGGCCGACUUCAUUCCGAAAUAUCGAUGGAGAUCGUUAAGCGAUGCACCUCUGCUUGAACGCGAGGGUCGUUCACCCGGUGAUCGCUUGGCAGCUUCACCUGCUAGAAGUGAUACUUGUAGGAAAGAGCGACGAGUUUCGCUUCUUUCAACCAAUCUUCCACCUUUGGAAGCUGAGCUGAGGCAUAAUCAGUUGGAACGACCCAGCUGCGUUCCAUCGCUACACCGUAAUGAUGUACUCAUACUGCCAAAGGGAGCUAUAAACGUCAACUCAAACUAUGAGGACGAAGAUCUGUUCACAGUGAAUGGUGUUUAUCAUCAUGACGAAAACCGUAGAUGAUACUGAAUUGCGGAUUUCACCGAAACAAUUUGACACAAAAUCGUGAAUAACACCACCGUUAAGCGAGGUGUCUCAAGCUCACUGUGUGAACUCAGUUUGCGAGGUAUUUCUGUUGAUAAGGAGACUUUGUUGACAUCAACGACAGGGAAGUCAAAGCUGUAUGAAACGCCACGUGUAUAAUACAAGCCAAGACUCUUUGUACUUUGUUUAAAGGUGUCAAAUACGUACUAUUACUAUUCUCGAGCAGGACUGCAUUUGUACAUUAUUUUAAAUUCUCAUUGAACGACAUUUUCAAACAACUGAAAACCCGACGGCACAAAAGUUUGCGAGAAGAAUUUACUUUACACAACUAAAUGGCAAACAGUUCGUUAUUUGCCGUAAACAAAAUGAUGCUAACAGUGGUUAUAAUCACCUCCGCGGGGGUAGAUAACUACUUAAGACUGUAUUAGACUCUGUAAGUUAACAAUGCGAUCGUGUAAAAAUAUGUACAAAGGAACUGCUGAUUAUUUUUCCAACUUAGCAAAACU